AAUCCAGGAUUAUAUUCUAAAAGCAUCGGAUUCAUUAUAGAUAGACACACAGAGUGUUUUUAGAGAGAGAGAGAGAGAGAGAGAGAGAGAGAGAGAGAGAGAGAGAGAGGGCGGGGGGACAUGAAGAUCACGGCGUUGUUGGUGGUGAAAUGCACUCCGGAAGGAUCGGAUCCGGUGAUCCUAGCUAACGCAUCGGACGUCAGCCAUUUUGGAUACUUCCAGAGACCCAGCGUUAGGGAAUUCAUCAUAUUCGUCGGUCGGACCGUCGCCAGACGCACCCCUCCCGGCCAACGCCAAUCCGUCCAGCACGAAGAGUACAAGGUGCAUUCAUAUAACCGUAAUGGCUUAUGUGCAUUGGGUUUUAUGGAUGAUCCCUACCCGGUUCGAAGUGCUUUUUCACUGCUAAAUCAGGUCAUGGAUGAGUACCUAAAAAUUUUUGGUGAGACAUGGAGAUCUGCUCAAUCUGAUAGUACUCAAAGUCAACAAUGGCCUUAUUUAUUUGAAGCUCUAAAUAAAUUUCAGGAUCCUGCGGAAGCUGACAAGCUGUUGAAAAUUCAAAGGGAGUUGGAUGAAACAAAAAUUAUUCUUCAUAUUUUGACAAAGCAGAAGCUCUUCCCCACCCCCUUGCCUUUUUAAUUGUAAGAAUGAGUUAAUACCACAUCAUUUUUAUGUUAUAUUGCAUAUUAGAGAAGCUGUAGGAAGUGAAUCUUCUUCCCAUCUCAUAUGCAUAUUGGAGAACCAAUAUUUACAUUGAAAGUAAAAUUAUCUUGAACUACAAGUACUAGGAGUUACACAGUGCGAGUACCAGUGAUAAAUGAUAAUACUUUCAGGACAUUUGAAAAAUAUUACUUGAAGAUACUUUGACUUGAAACUUCUUGGAAGUGGCUAUUAUGAUACUCCAAUGUUUUUAGGGUUGGCUCUUGGCUGUUAGCCUAGGUGCAUGGCAAAAAUUGAUGUUUCGGUGUUUGUCUUUUUGAU